AGAACAGGUCUCACUCAAGAAUUGCUCGAACAAUUCGGUUAUGCAAGCUCCAUUGGCUCUACCCGACGCUGAACUCUGAUUACAAAGAUCACAUCACCGAUUAGAAUGGAUCCAUCACCUUUGGCUCGACGUCGAGACCGUCGGGCUGCCACCCGCAGCCGGACCACCACCGCAUGCGCUCGCUGCCAGAAACGAAAGAUUCGGUGCGAUGGUGUGGUCCCUGUCUGUGGUGGUUGCCAACGGGCCCGUGUGGACUGUGUCGAGGGGUGGAAUGUCCGUGACAUUUCCCGAAGUCACAUGGAAGAGCUAGAAGCACGAAUUGAAUGGCUCGAGUCGAUCAUACAGGAGCACCUGCCACAUAUUGACCUCAGAAAGUCUGACUCUGAUUACUCGACCGUUGUCGCGCAGACUGCACAUACUAGGGAUGGCUGGAACCCAGCUCGUGAUGUAACAGAUCAACUAGGUCUGGUCUCGGUCAAUGCUGGGGCGGAUCUGCGUUAUCUAGGGCCUUCUAGUGGACUGUUCUUCACAAGAUUUGUGCUGACAGGCCUUGAGCGGCGAGCUGAGAUAGCACGAGAGUCACCUCCAGCUUCGAAAGGCAACCAAUUUGUCCCUGCGGAGCUCCUCGAUCUCCAACCGAAGGAUUUACCAUCGGACUUAAAACAGGCGCAAUGGUUGACGCAGGCAUAUUUCCAGUCGGUUCAUUUGCAGUUCCCGUUUCUUCACAGACCCACUCAUCUGGAACUUCUGCAGAAGGUUUACAGCGGUGUAGAUGUCACACCGGUUGAUCAAUUUCAGAUCUUCAUGGUCCUGGCUAUCGGUGCUACCAUCCGAUCACGGCAAGCUAAAGUGCUCCUUUCAGCUGAAGGGUACUGCGCCUCUGCAAUUGUUCACUUGGAUGCCAUUUUUCAGAAAUCUUCUCUACGCGGUGUGCAGUGCAUGCUGCUUCUACAGAUGUACACAAUCAACAACCCAACUUCAGGGAUUAGCUUAUGGGCCCUUCAUUACAACUCCCUAGCCGCCGUGAUGGAGCUCGGAUUACAUCGCAAUGUUCGGGACUCUGUCUUCACCGAUUCCGAUCAGGAAAUGCGCACUCGAGCUUUCUGGUGCGUGUAUACGAUGGAUCGCUACCUGAGCACCUUACUCGGCAGGUCGAUAGGGAUAGUGGACGAGCAAUGCGAUUUGAGGUUACCGCGAGAAAUCAACGAUGAAGACCUGAAGCCCAACCAAGAGAUACCGGCUCAAGCGCAGCCCUCUGGAGCUAUAACCUUUAUGUCUAGCGCAAUCCAUCUCUUCAAGCUUGCCCGAUUCAACGCUGAAAUCAAAUGUGUGCUAUAUUGCGUCGACCGAAAUUAUCCCCCUUACACGCAGCCUGUUAUAACGGACGUCGAGCGAUGGCAGGAAGACAUGCUGAACCGUCUGCGCCAGUGGAAGUCGUCCAUCCCAUGCCAUCCCCCAGGGAGCUCAGCAUGCUAUCUGAAUGACUUGCUCGAGAUCAAGUAUCACGAGCUGGUGAUGCUGAUCGUACGUCCAAGUCCGCUCUUCAACCAUCCCUCCAGAAGCUUGAUACGCGUGUGCUUCCAUUGUGCCUUGGAAUGCAUCCGGCUUUACUACAAGCUGUAUAUAAACAGCAUGCUGCACUAUAAUUGGAUGAACGUACAGUCGUUGUUCCUAUGCGUGAUGACGAUAUUCUACUGCGUCUGGGCGCCGGACGGGGUGGGCGAAGAGACUGACCUCGACACUGUUCUACAUGCCUUGAAGUCCGCGUCUGACAUUCUCAGUGCCACCGGGGAGUAUUGGCUUGAAGCCAAGAGAAGCCGGGAUGUGCUGGAUAGUAUCACGAGGGCUACGGUGCGGCGGUUCGCACGGAGUCUUGUGCGGGCGGGGCAGUCAGCAAUAUCACACCCAAUGGGCGAGACUCAUCAUAGCCUUGCUGGUGAUGAGUCGAUUGGCUCGAAUAGAUGGGACACUGAAGGGUAUUCCGCUGGUAUCGGAGAGGCUGAACAGGACUUGUUUGAUCCGUACUAUGUCCCAACGCAGCAGCCUACUGCCACGUCCGAGCUCUUGUCGUUCUUUGCGGGGCCCCAGUCCGAGACGACCUUGGACUGGUUGAACCUUCCGUGGGAUCUCCCCGGCGGGAUGGGAGAGAGAAUACAGGAUUUGGUCUCUGGAGGCAAUUAGCCUGAUGGUGGAAGAUAAAAUCAAUGCUAUUAUUGUACAUCUAGGAUAUACCUCGUGGACUACGUGUUCG